AUGGCGAGGGUUCUAGCAAAGGUUCCCGAGCAAUUUUUACAACCCGUAGAGGUUGACCUUGAUUCUGGCCCAUUACAGACUUGUGAAUCUGGUUCAGCUCAAGGGAUCACACCACUAAAAACAUACCUCAUAUCUGAUAUCUGGAUUGACAACUUAGGAUGUUUUCCAGAGGUACUUUAUCAAACCCACACAAGAAAGCCCAAUGCUCAUCGUUGUGUUGCCUCUUUCCCUCUCUUCCUCGCAAAACCCUCCUUCGCCUCCAAUGUUGUCUCGUCUCCUCCCCAGAGCCUUCCAUCUCCGUCUUCUGCCCCUCCUUUCCCCAAAACCCCGCCGUCUCCCUCCUACUCUCAGCUCCCUCCACUUUCCCUCCUCCGUCUCCUCUCUACCAACGGCAACCACAACAAUAACGAUAGAAAUGAUCACUCGUCUCCCGAUCCCUGGAGAUUUUCCCAAGAAAGUGACGGAAGGUUUGGUAAUAUUUUCUCCGAUGAAACCGAUAAGAAGAGUGGGGAAGGGGAUUGGUUUCAUGGAGGGGAGGAGAAAGCGUGGAGCUUUGGAGAAGAAGAGAAGGAUGAUGGCUUGUUCGAUUUGAAAGAUGAAGGAGUACGUGCUGUUGGCGAAACCGUUGACGGGACUAGUAUUGAAUUGGACGUUGAGGAGCGGAAGAAGCUUGAAGAAGAAGAGAAACAUCUUACUGCCGUUCUCAAAGGUCAGAAUCGUGCAUUUGGGGACCUUAUUGUGGCAUCCGGUAUCACAGAUGCCAUGCUCGACAGUUUGAUUGCUCUAAAGGAUUUGGAAGGGGUGGACGGAUUGCCACCUUUAAGUGUUAUAGAAGACAUGCGUUAUGAAAAGAAUACAAGGAAAUCAACAAGAGCUGAAAUAGAGCGCCUGAAGCUGGAGGAGAUUGCCAAAGAAAGAGUAAGGCAAGUAGACGAUAAAGGAAGGGCUUAUGGGACUGGGAGAAGGAAAUAUAGUAUUGCCCGUGUUUGGGUUCAACCCGGUGAUGGCAAAUUCAUUAUCAAUGAGAAAGAAUUUGAUGUCUAUUUCCCAAUGCUUGAUCAUCGUGCUGCUCUUCUUCGGCCGUUCUCAGAAACCAAGACCUUGGGCCUUUGGGACAUCAAAUGCACUGUUAAAGGAGGUGGUAUUUCUGGUCAAGUGGGAGCAAUUCAGUUGGGAAUCAGUAGGGCCUUGCAAAAUUUUGAGCCAGAGCUACGUCCUCCUCUCAGAGCUGCUGGGUUCUUGACAAGGGAUUCACGUGUGGUGGAAAGGAAAAAACCAGGGAAGGCGAAAGCAAGGAAGAGCUUCCAAUGGGUCAAGCGUUGAUCACUUGUUCAUGGUUUUUCAUAUUCCUCCAAAAGGAGACUCCCCUUUCUUUUGUAUUUGAUGAAGAGCAAAACCUUAAUUUUGACAAUGCUGCAAUAAUUUGUCACAUUCGUAAGGUUUGGUGUUGCUUAUGUUAUGAUGAAGGAACCGUUAAUCUAAGUACCAUUUAUUUAUUGGUC